AUGUGGGAGGAGUACAUCUCCAUUAGAGUGCGAUUGGGCCGGAAGACAACUCGUGCUUCAAAAUAUUUAAAGUAUGUGCUGUCCGAGAAGAUCCAAGAGGCCUCCAGGCAAAAUGGCAUCUUCCCACACGGCUCGGAAAGGCACCAGAUGUACGUCGGAUUUGCGGCUUCUGGAGACGCUGACCGCAUGCGUGCUGCCCUCAAGGAGCUGCUAGAUGCUCUGUUCCACAACUCGGUGAACGACGCGAUGAUGCGGAUAGCCAAGCAGGCGGCGCUGUCGGCGAAGGCCAAGAUCGCAGAGCAGGCUGCGCAGCAGCAAGCGAACUCGCGUGGUGGAUCCUUAUUUUCCACGACGCGCCAUUUGCUGUCUCGCGGUGGGAGUGCAGGAACACCUGGCCCUGGGAGCUCGGGCAAUGACAACAAAGCAGAUCAUGCGGGGGCUGAUACUCCGACCGGUGCCUCUGUUCAGAAACUAGCUCGAUUCUCAGGGUCUGAAGGAAGUGACCACACGGGACACAGCAGCGGGAGCGACUCCGAGGUGGCUGGGGAUAGUCGGACACGGAGCGGAAACCUCUCGGGUAGUGGCAGUGGUAGCGGUGGACUGAUGAAGAAGUUCCAAGACCGCUUCUCCUUUGCCAGUUCGAGGCACCGUCCGAGAUUCGUGAGCCUCCGACGGAAGGGGCAAUCAGGAGAGGAAGUCCGCAAAAUGGAGCUGAACCUGGACGCCAUCAGUGGAGGGCUCGAUGAAGUGAAGUGGAAGUGCGCCAUGUUCCUGUACGAUGUCGAGGAGGUGGCGCACGUGGCGCCGUCGCAAAUUAGCAUUUUGGCUUACCCGAGCAAGCAGCCGCUGACGGGCAAGACUGAUCGCAGCGCGCUGACGAAGCUGGUCAAGCCGGACACUGUUUGGACUGUAGAUAUUGGCGCCAACAACAGUGAUAUGCUCAAUGAGUGGUAAGAGUGUAAGCAAAUAAUGUGUGUGUGGGGAGGGGGAGGAAUGCACAAACGGAGCAACAAAUUUGCAGUGUCAAAACCGUUAUUCAAAGCAUCGACGCAGUGCAGAGAAAACGUUCGCACAGGAU